ACCUGGGCAGAUAGGAUAAAAAUGUUGUCUCUCAUUCAAUUCAAGCACCUUUUUUGGCCUUCUUCUACAUCUUCAAUAAAGAAGAUAAAUAUAUGUCAUGAAUGCCAACCAUGUGUAGCAUGUCCUACAAUUUUUGUGGAUCUGGGACCAUAAAAAUUAUAGCAUGUGCCAUUCUAAAAAUGAUAAAUGCCAUCCUCUUUUAAGGAUGGGUACUUCCUCAUCAGCUGCUAUCUAGAUUGAAUUUUCUCAGCUAGGUGGGGUUCAUGGAUUCGAACCACUAGCUUUUUCGUAGAUCUUAUAUUUGUAUUAGCAGAUUAAAAAAAUAUGUGUAUUUGCAUGUGAAUCCCCAAACAAAAUCGAUUUAGAUCCCCCAAACUCCUAGUCUUGGCUCCACCUCUGAUCACUUGUUCCCACUUACCCUCGAGUGUAACUCGAACUGUUCACCUACCAGUUGAAUUUGAACUUUAAUAACAACUGGAGUCAUAGGAUGGAAAUGGGAAAAAGAAUAUCCAGUUCAUUGUCUUAGAUAGUCACAUGGUACAAUUUGUAACGUAUCUUUUAGUGAAACAACAUUCACAUUAAGAAAGACAAAAGAACAGUGUGGUUAUUUCCUAGUUUGAAGAUUCUCCUUCUGGAAAACCAGUGUCAAUAGCUGGUUUCCUUGAAGUUUUCAGUCACAGCAACUUGACUAUCAUCGGUAUAUCAGACGUGUUUCAUUCACAAACACGAAGGGUCAAAUUUACCUCUCUACUUUCGGAUAUUGUCUACGUUUACUUGUACUAUCAGUACAAAUUUACCCCUGUAGUAUACUACCUGGUCUACUCCAUUAUAUACACUUUCCAACUGCACUUAUUUACUUUGUCAAAAUCCAUACCUCCAUACCAAGGAGUUUAUAGUUUACAUCUAAGAUUCCGUUCUUAGUAACCUCACGGCAAUAUCUAAGGAAGUUUACAUCAAACACAAUAGUAUUUAAAAAAUAUGCUCUCUUUUUCAUUUACCAUCCCAGCUCAUAACUAUUAAUUUCACUCGAUGUAUUCUUCCCCUUGGCACUCCGAAAAGGAAACAAAAUCAGGUUAUAUGCUUGAAAAAUCAUGGCCUUUUCGAACUGGAUAUGCAGUUGUAAUACUAAAAACAUGUUUGUAAAAAUUGUUCAUCCAGGAGGACAUGUAGAACUUCAUGACAGGCCUGUUCUUGCAUCAGAAAUAAUCAGCAGAAACCCGAAAAGUUGGAUUUGUCAUCCAACAGUUUUCCAGCAGCCAUGGGCCAUUCUGCCACCGGAAACCACUCUCAUGCCUGGCCAAAAAUUCUAUAUUGUGCCUAUAAGCACCCUUAAAAGACUUCAAUCCCUCGCCUUUAAAUCCUCUCCGGCUCUCGUUCAUAAAUUUCAGAAACAAUCAAUUCUUAAGGAAAACACAGCAGAAAAUCAGGAAGGCAGUUUUUCUAAUUGCUGGCUGUUCCAUAGAAAUUCAAACAAAAAAUCAGAGGUUCCUUAUUCUUCUCUGAGACAAGAAAACAGAGAUUCACGAUCGCAGGAUGAAAAUUGCUUUACCUGCUUAUUAACAGGGAUGAAAAUCAACAAAUCAGCUAUUAUAAAUAAUGUUAUGAGUACUGAAACAAGAUCAUCAAGCAACAGCUUGGGAUCCUCAGAAACAAAUUUUCUGAACAGAAAACAGAAAACUUCAGAUCUCAAUGAAACAUCAACAGGAGUUUCAACCACAAGGCUUUCGUCUUUCGAUCAAUGGCAUCCCAGUUUAGAAAGCAUCUCAGAAGAAUAACAAGUUUCUGCAAAUGCAAAAAAAAAAUAUCAAACCUUUAUUUUUUUUUAAAAAAAAUGUUCUAUCGUAUCUGUACGUUUUUUUUAUGUUACUCAGACAUUAUCACACUCUUAUCAAAUCCUCGAAAUAUUAUUUUCGUACGCGCACUAAUCAACAAUGACACGGCAGGGAAAGCUGCGGCUAUAAAUCAAUAAAUUCAAAAGAAGCCUAACUUUAAUUAAUUGUUGUAAUUAAUUCAACCUUCAUUUAGCUUACCCAACACUAUGACUGACACUAAAUAUGAAUAACAUCUAUUAAGAUAAUUCUAGAACAGCUCCAAAAUAAGAAAAAAGAAAAUAUUCACCAAAAUCUCUAUAUAAUAAUACUAAUUCGUUAUCGACACUCAAAACACAAUUAUAGCAUCUCUAUAAUUUUGUAAUUUGAUGAUAAUUGGAGUUUACGAUAAGAUUAAUUUGGAUGUUUCUGGAACAAGUUGGAAUAUAGUGAAGCUGAAAGAUUUAUGCAGCGGCUUCGAGGAGAAUAUAGAAGUGAAACAGUACCCGACCCGAAUACGUUUCGCCCGCUUUGUGCCGUCAUGGAUGGGAAGUCCAAAGGCAAAGGUAAUCAAAAUCAAGGCUCCGUCAAAUCACAUUUGUAUGAGAUUUGUGCAGUAAAUCAUUGGAAAGCACCUUUAUUUGAAUGUUGCAAUGAGGAAGGUCCAGAUCACCAUAAGUUGUUCACCUUUAAGGUAAUUGUGGAAAUAAGAGGACUUCGUACAACAAUUAUAGAGUGUAUGGGCAAUCCGUAUUCAAAGAAGAAAGCUGCAGCAGAGAAUGCAGCUGAAGGAGCAAUGUGGUUUCUAAAUCAAGCAGGUUAUAGAUUAAAGCACUGAAUUACCUUGUUACUUUAAUUCUAUAUACAGAAAGAAUAUAAUCUUGAUGCUAUGUGACUUAAGUGUAUGAAGAGGUUUUUUUAAUUGUCCAUAAUAUAUGAAAUUGUUGACUUGUUGCGUUGUGA